GUACACCAAAACAAGAGCGGGACUUCCGCUGUGGGCUGGACCAGCCACAACGAGAGCUAAUAAAAUCUCGGCGUGCUUAUUACGGACACAUCGUUUUCAACCCUUCUAGGUGUUACGUUCUCUACCAGCGUGGAACUAUCGCUCACAAGCUGUCAUCAUGGUCAGAGAAAUAAAAAACAAGGAGGAGUUCGACAAGCUCCUUCAGGAAGCGGGAGACACGCUGGUGGUGGUGGACUUCACAGCUACGUGGUGUGGGCCCUGCAAAAUGAUCGGUCCACAUGUUGAUAAAAUGGCGGAGCAACACAAAGACGUAAUUUUCGUGAAGGUGGAUGUGGACGAGGCAGAAGAUGUGAGCAGUUCCUGUGGUAUUAGCUGCAUGCCCACAUUCCAUUUCUACAAAAAUGGAAAGAAGGUGCAUGAGUUCUCCGGUGCUAACAAGGACACACUUGAAGCCAAAGUGGCUGAACUGAAGUAGACCAACGUGUCUGGGACCAACCUACACAUAACCACAUUGUACAAAGACCCAGUCACCCAUUACCUUCUCAGCACACCUGAGCAGCAUUUCCUGUUUGUCUGUUAAUCAUUAUUACCUCACACGGGCGAUAAUUUAUUCCCCUCUGCCUUACAAAGUCCCUUUAGCUCAGUGUGUGUACUUUUAAUCUCCUAACUAUUGAUGGAACACAAACCUUCAAUAUGAAAACUUUGGUUCUGUAUGCUGAUGCAUCACCUGAGAACGCCUGUUUGUUUCCAGUAAGAUGGAUUAAAUGAUGAAACACCG